GACUAAAAUUCAACCUGCAACUAAUGCCCAGUCCACAAUUACUACAUCACAACUUGCAACAGCUACAAUCCAGCCUAUAUUCUCAACAACUGACCAGCCUACACAUACAGCCAAAACAGUUACUUCACAAUCUACACAGACUGAAAUUCAACCUGCAACUAAUGCCCAAUUCACAAUUACUACAUCACAACUUGCAACACCUACAAUCCAGCCUAUAUCUUCAACAACUGCCCAGACUACAAAUACAGCCAAAACUGUUACUUCUCAAUCUACUCAAACUGAAAUUCAACCUGCAACUAAUACCCAAUCGACAAUUACUACAUCACAACUUGCAACAGCAACAACACAGCCUACGUUAUCAUCAACUGCCCAAUCUACAAAUACAGCCCAGACUGUUACUUCACAAUCUACUCAAACUGAUAUCCAACCUAUAACUAAUGCUCAAUCCACAAUUACUACAUCACAACUUGCAACCGCUACAAUCCAGCCUAUAUCUUCAACAACUGCCCAGAUUACCAAUACAGCCCAAACUGUUACUUCUCAAUCUACUCAAACUGAAAUUCAAUCUGCAACUAAUGCGCAAUCGACAAUUACUACAUCACAACUUGCAACAGCAACAACACAGCCUACAUUCUCAACAAGUGCCCAAUAUACAAAUACAGCCCAGACUGUUACUUCACAAUCUACUCAAACUGAAAUCCAACCUAUAACUAAUGCUCAAUCCAAAAUUACUACAUCACAACUUGCAACAGCUACAAUCCAGCCUAUAUCUUCAACAACUGCCCAGUCUACAAAUACAGCCCAAACUGUUACUUCUCAAUCUACACAGACUGAAAUUCAACCUGCAACUAAUGCCCAAUCCACAAUUACUACAUCACAACUUGCAACAGCAACAACACAGCCUAUAUUCUCAACAACUGCCCAGUCUACAAAUACAGCCCAAACCAUUACUUCACAAUCUACACAAACUGAAAUUCAACCUGCAACUAGUGCCCAAUCCACAAUUACUACAUCACAACUUGCAACAGCUACAACCCAGCCUAUAUUCUCAACAACUGCCUAUACUGUAACUACUUCACAACCUACACAAACUGCAAUCCCACCUAUAACUACAGCUACAUCUCAACCCAACUCAGAAAUAACCCAACUUCAGAGUACAAAAACUGUUGCAAUCCAGUCUACAAUUAUAACUCAGCCAACACAUACAACAGGUUCCAAUGCUACCAAGAAAGACCAGACCACAACUAAAUCCCAACCUAUAUCAUCUACAAUCCAGUCAACGACAACAAACCCUGCAACAGCUACAACAGUUAAACAGUCAACAAUUAUAACCCAGCAGAUUACAACAGCUACAACUGAGACUAGAACAACUCAGCUGACAGCAACAAUGCCAUCGACAACAAAUUCACCCCAACCCACCAGUACAAUUCAAGCAAUCAAAUCUACAACCCAAACUAUAACUCUUACAAUCCCACCCACCACAAUUACAACUCAGUCUACAGCAGCAACUACAUCCCAACUACAUCCCAAACCAACUUUUACAAACCAAAUGACAACACAACAACUUUCAACUGGUACAACCCAGUUUAUAUCUGCUGCAACCCAACCUACAACAAAUGCAAUCCAGACUUCAAUCCCACAUGUAUCCCCUGCUCUGACUCUAACACAGCCUUCAACCCAGCUUACAACUUCAACUAUACCUGCACCUACCACCCAAGCAAAAACAACUGCAACCCACCCUAUAUCUACUGCUACCCUUACUACAGGAACAAACCAUAUUGCUAUCACAACUACAACCACACCUUUACUUGAAACAACAGCACCACUCACAACUACAGUGGAAGUCAGAUUUUCCACCUCAGAAACAUUUAAUACUUCACUUUUUGACAGAAAUUCAGAUCUCUAUAAAGAACGAGAAAGAAGAGUCAAAAACGAGUUUGUGCCUAUCUUUAAAAAAGCAUUCCAGUUCUUCUUCAGACUGACAGUGAUUAGAUUCAGUCGUGGAUCAGUCAUCACAGAUAUGAAUUUGGAAUUCAAGAAAGACAGUCUUUUGCCAGAUGACAAUGAGAUCAUACGUACUAUCACCAGUGCCAAUACUACAUUUAAUAUCACCAGUGCAGAAGUUAUACCAAAAGCUGACCUUUCCACUACUACCAAAUAUACUGCAACCACAACCAAGCCCACUGAAGGAAAGAUAACCACACAUCAACCAACAACAUUGACAACAAAAACAACAACAACAAAAGCCGCAAACACCACGCAAACAACAAAAGCCACAAUCACCACGCCAACAACUAAUGCCACAAUCACCACGCCAACAACUAAUGCCACAAUCACCACGCCAACAACAAAAGCCACAAUCACCACGCCAACAACAGAAGCCACAACCACCACGCCAACAACAAAUGCCACAACCACCAUGCCAACAACAAAUGCUACAACCACCACGCCAACAACAAAAGCCACAAUCACCACGCCAACAACAAAAGCCACAAUCACCACGCCAACAACAAAAGCCACAACCACCACGCCAACAACAAAUGCUACAACCACCACGCCAACAACAAAAGCCACAACCACCACGCCAACAACAAAUGCUACAACCACCACGCCAACAACAAAAGCCACAAUCACCACGCCAACAACAAAAGCCACAAUCACCACGCCAACAACAAAAGCCACAACCACCACGCCAACAACAAAUGCCACAAUCACCACGCCAACAACAAAAGCCACAACCACCACGCCAACAACAAAUGCGACAACCACCACGCCAACAACAAAUGCUACAACCACCACGCCAACAACUAAUGCGACAACCACCACGCCAACAACAAAAGCCACAACCACCACGCCAACAACAAAUGCGACAACCACCACGCCAACAACAAAUGCUACAACCACCACGCCAACAACUAAUGCCACAAUCACCACGCCAACAACAAAUGCGACAACCACCACGCCAACAACAAAAGCCACAACCACCACGCCAACAACAAAAGCCACAACCACCACGCCAACAACAAAAGCCACAACCACCACGCCAACAACAAAUGCUACAACCACCAUGCCAACAACUAAUGCCACAAUCACCACGCCAACAACAAAUGCGACAACCACCACGCCAACAACAAAAGCCACAAUCACCACGCCAACAACAAAAACCACAACCACCACGCCAACAACAAAAGCCACAACCACCACACCAACAACAAAUGCUACAACCACAACAGCCAAAACCACCACCACAACAGCAGUUCCAACACGCCCUCCACCAGUUGUAACCAUAGAGUUUGUCAUUUUAGUAAUAUUUACUCCAGACCUUCAAAACACACUAAGUGAGGCAUUUAAGAAACUAGCAGAUGAAGUUCAAACUGAGUGUGACAAAAUAUAUAAACUGAAGUAUGGAGUUCUUUUCAUCAGGAGUAUUGUGAAAGCUUUCAGAGCUGUUGCCAGAACCCGAGCAGAUCAAAAUGUACAGGCAGAGCUUGAUUUAGUGUUUAGUCAAACAUCCACUGAACCGAUCCCCAACAACACUGACAUUGUGGAGACUCUGAAAGAAGCCGCUACAAAUCCAACGUCAGGCUUCAACCUCACCCUUGAUGCAACCUCUAUUAUUGUUGUUAAAUCAGUGAAGAUAAUUCCACUGACAAUCCUCACCAAUGGAACCUUUGUGGCUGCUCUUUCAAAUAAAAAUUCUACCGAAUUUCAGAACCGGGCUAUGAUGAUGAAAGUAGGGCUUGAACCUUUCUUCUUCGCUGAUUAUCAAACAUCAUUCAGCAUCAUAUCCGUAACGAACUUCAGUGAUGCCAAUGUAAAAAUAAGGAGCGUGCCCACGAUCCGAAACUCCAUGGAUCUUGUAUUCGGAACGGAAGCUGUUCUACCCAAUAACACCCAGAUAGUGAACACUGUGGUACGAGCAGCCAGAGACAACACGCUACCCUUCAAGAUCUUCACUUCUUCAAUCAUAAUAAAUGGAAUCGAAUUUUCAUCAGGUGAAGUCAGCAGCAGGAUCAGUGUGGUGACCGCUUCAUUCCUGGUUGCUGUGUCGCUUCUGGUUCCAUGGUUUAACUGAACCUAACCUCUCAUGCAAAUAUAACUGAUUCAGACGGGUCUGAAUAUUCCAUGCCUCAAAUGAAGGACUCGUACAUGUAAACAAAACUCUGAAUGCAUCAGUUUUUUUUAGAACUGAAUGUGUCUGUUUUUAGCUCUGGUUCUGUUUUCAGAAAGGGGUAAAAAAUCUUUCGUUAUACAAGCACUUUUAGUAAUUUAUUUAAAAAAAAAUGUUUGACUCUUAAAUCUUAUUGUCAUUGAUUUAUUUUCUGAUAAAUGUAAUCUGCAAAUCAAGGGGCAGUUCUUUAAAUUCUUUAAUUUAUUGUUUGUUAAUUCUGUAUAUGUGUGGUUAUCGGAUCAGUAAAACAAGUGGGUUCAACUUUACAAUCUACAAAAUAAUACUAUAAGCUACAACAACCACAUUUUCAACUGAAUGCUAUUUUAAUAUUGUAAUAUAUAUUUAUAUAAAUGUGUAAUAUAUAACCAACUCUGUUAUAUCUAAGAUAAACUCUGGCAAAACUACUGAAAUUCAUUGCACAUGUCUAAUGGUUCAAAUUACUCAUGGUUUGGUUUUUUUCUCAAUUUUACAGUCAUGGUUU